UCAGUCUUUACCUCAGGGGCGCCACUCCUGCAGGGGGUUGUCUUGUUGUUGGGGAUUUGAUGGGGCCGUGCAGACUGUGGUGCCACAGCCUCUAGUGCCCCGAAGAUGCUGGUAGCAGAGAGCCGCCAGCAAGCUGGGCAGGCCAAGGUGGUGACUCACUCUGGGCAAGGAGUGGAGGGCGCAGUGCAGCACGAUGGCAGUGGAUGCGCGGCCACUGCACCAGGAAGUGUUCUGGCGUCUGUGGCAAUGUUCAGCACUACCAGGUGACCAGCGACAGCGAAAUGUUGCCUUGCUCGAGGCUCUCACUUGUGUCCCUCCUAGUGGCGGCACACACGUGGUCCCCCUGACACCCACGUGGUCCCCCUCGCAUCGUCUGCUGUGCUAAACAAACACACUCGUCCCUGAAAAAUAAAUACCCACCCUCAUUCCACCCCUUCCACACGACCCCAGGCAGCUAAAACACCCCACAAAAUAAUAAAAAUAAUCAUACAUGUAUUUCUGGCACAGUGUGUUAGGGAUUCGCCAUGGAAUAUAGGGAUUUCUGGGUAGGGAUAAAAUUUUAAGGGAAGGGAAGGAAGCAAAACAACAAUGGCCGUGAGGCGAGACAUGUGAGGGACACCGCUGCUGCUGCUCGCUGAAUUGGCUCCUCUGGCUCUCUCGUGGACGGUGCAGCGGCGCGAGGCGAGACACAGGGCACAGCUGGGCCACAGACAUACGUACAGACACUCAAAGGACUCCAGGAUGCCGAGUUCAAACCGGGACGUCCUUCAGGAGCUGCAGGAGAUCCUGAGGCAAUGGGAGGAGGACCAGGCCAUUGCUUCCAAGGACCCCACACCCCAGCUGGCCAAACUGUGUGAGCUCUUUGAGAGGGAGACCAUCAACUUCCUGAAGAAGGACCCGGACCCCUUCGACGACCGCCACCCGAUGACCCUGGAGCCAGAGUGUGCACUGGGCCUCAUCCUGCGCGCACUCUUUCGCAAGGACACGUUCGUCACCAAGCUGGUCAACCACUACCUGAGAGAGAACUACUUCACCAGCCAGGGACUUAUGCAGGACUCCACAGAGCUCAACAUUGCUGCCUGUAGACUGCUGCUGGAUAUCCUGUAUGGCUUAGAUAUCCCCCAGGUAUUUGAAGGGUCAGAGACAACAGUGAUAUGCCUGUUCUCCUGGGCAGAGAGUGGGCCAGAGCCGCUCAGGACCUACGCCACGGGAUUACUGGCUGCUGCGAUGGACGUGCCAGAGAUUGCCGCCUCCUUCAGAGACUACAACACUCACCUGGUGCCUCUCAUGCUGCGGCGGCUGUGGGACCUCAAGGAUGAAGGUGGAGGCGGCGAGGCAGUACAAGGAGUGGAAGGAGGAGGUGGCGGUGGAGUAGGAGGAGGAGGAGGAGGAGAGGCCACAAGUGUACCAGAGCGACCGUUUGCACACCUCAACAAGGAAUCCCUGUGCUCCCAAACACGCCCAUCACAUCCGACUACUAAUGGGGAGGAGGCGACACUCAGCCCUCCCUCUCCUAAGAAAGUGAAAGGCACCACCACCACCACCACCAUCACCACAAGCCCCACCACCACCACCACCACCACCAUUAACAACAACAACAAUAACAACAACAACAACACAGUGUCUCCAGCAGCAACAAGCACCACCACCACCACCACCGUGUCAACCCCCACAAAGAAUGCCAACUCAAGUGGAACUUUCAACAUCUUCGGGUCACCUAAGUCUGCGUCCAAAGGGACCAUUGGCAUCGGAGGGGAGGUGUCAGAGCUCCUGCUGAAUUCGGACUGUUCGAACUCGUCUUGGGCAGAGAUGGGAAGCUAUAUUGUGGGCACCUACCAGAUGUAUCCUGUAACACGUGACACACAGCAGAUGUUUAUUCUCAAGUACCUGAGGCCAAUUGGGGAGUAUCAGGAGUCACUGGGUCACGUGUAUGAGUACCACGCGCUGGAGCUCAUCAUUCACUACAUGCAGGUGCGGCGGGUGGGCAAUGCGCGCCUCUCCUUCGAGGGACUGCGCUUCCUCGGCUCCCUGCUCUUCCACAAAAAGUUCUGCCUGGAGUUUGUCAAUAUGGGUGGCAUCCAGGAGCUGCUGAAGGUGCCACGGCCGUCCCUCCCAGCGGAUGGCGUGGCGCUGUGCCUGUGGUAUCUGGCAUACUGCGAGGAGGCGGUGGAGCGCAUCUGCCUGCUGCCGGAGCGCACAGUGCGGGAGGUGACCUGCUAUGCGCUGUGGCUGCUGGAGUGCGCCCACCACUCCUCCCGCACCCAUGCUGUCAUGUUCUUCGGCAUGGUGUUCAGGUUCCGCACCCUGCUGGACCACUUCGACAAGCAGGACGGGCUGCGCAAGCUGCUGAACCUGCUGUCCACACUGCCACUGCUGCAGGAGACAUGGGAGCCGGAGCACCUGGAGAACUCUGCCUCUACGGAUACCAUGGCCUGGCAGACAGUGAAGCAGGUGUGCCUGAGCCUUAAGCAGUACUUCGAGGCCCACCUGGCCCUCAAGGUGCAGCACCUCCAGCGCAUCUCUUCCAUCCACCCGCAGCCCUCCACGCCGCCCUAUAAGGCCUUCAAUGUGUCGGAGGAGGUGGUGGAGGCCAGCGUGGAGUACCUCUUGGCUUACCUGCCAGCACGGUCACACUGGCGGCCGGUUGACAACUUCCUGGCACUCAAAGGGCUGCCAUUGCUCCUCCAGUUGGUGGCCAUGGUGGUGAGCGACUCCCUCACCCCAAAGGCAGAGACAGGAGUGUUGGCGUUGGACAUCUUGUAUGUAUGCAGUGUGUUGCCAGCAGUCCAGGCAGCGCUGUGUGACAAGACCUCUAUCCCCCUUGCUGAUGAGCCUGUGCUGGAUGCCGAGGAGGCGCCGGGCUAUGCCAUCCUGGUGGCCUGUAUACUGGAGAAUGUCCAGUCUGCAUCGUCCACCUCACCAGCCAUACAAAAGGCAGCUCUGCGCACCCUGAUCAACUGUCUGUGUGCUCCUAUACCCAGGGGAGGGAGUGGCGCCCUGCACAUGUCCACUGCAGGGCUGCAUGAGGCUCCAGCACUGGGCAGCCCCUCCAAACGCCCUCGUAGCACAGGGGAGGAGGAGAUCAAGAGGGCGUGGGACUGUGUGAGGACCAGCAACGGCAUUAUGUACCUGCUCAACAUGCUGCACAAGAGGACACCCAUCACAGACGCAGACUGCCUGAGAGGUCUGGCCUGCAGGGUGCUGGUGGGGCUGUCCCGGAGCUUUGCUGCCCGUCAGAUCAUGAGCAAACUGCCCAUCUUCACCUCGGGAAAGUUGCAGUUACUGAUGAAGGAGCCAAUAUUGCAAGACAAGAGAGCAGAGCAUGUGAAGUUUCAACGCCAUGCACUGGACCUCAUCAAAGCAGUGUCUGGGGGCUGGGAACACACUGUGGGGGCUGCUGCUGAUGUGUCCAUGCAGAGUAUACAUCGGGCGGAUGUGGUGGCCCAGACCAAGAUCCACUACAACAAGAAGCAGUUACUCCAGCUAAUCCAGAGCCACCUGGCAGCCGAGGGGUAUGAUAGUGUGGCCACUGCCCUCCAGCAGGCUGCCCACCUCCCCCCGCUGCCCUCCCACACCGCCAUGGGCCCUCCAUCCCGCUGCCUCUCCGCCACCCCGUCCUCCUCCACCCGCCCUGCCCCCUCCACAGCCACUGCUGCCUCUGCUGGUGUGGGGUCCAAUGUAUCGUCGCCCAGAGCGUACCAGAGGUCAGGUGGCAAUGUGUCCAGGCACCUUUUAAUUCGUGUGGGGGACAAGACGAGACAGCACCACCACCACCACCACCGCCACCACCAACCCCCCACCACCACCGCACUGAGUCAGUUCGGCAAGAGUGAAUGUGGUGGUGCAGCAUGGGGGGGCGGGGGGCCGGGGGUGGUGCUGGAGCCGAGUAUCAGCCUAGACACCAUCGUGAGAGAGUACCUGACCAACCAACACGCCAAUUGCAUCAACCCUGUCGUCACCUGCCCAACUUUUGACCUCUUCCAGACAGACGAUCAGAUGGUUCUCGUCGGCACCAACAAGGGGAUGGUGGGUCUGUACAGGAAGGGCGGCAGUCCAGCACCAUCUACAGUGGGGCAACACAGCAGCACCUCUGGCCAGCCACUUCAGGACCUCCUAGCUGUAACUCACUUAACUCAGUACAGGCCUCAAUUCCUGGGUCAAGAAGAAGGUUCAUAUCGGGUGCACGAGGCAGCCGUCACACACCUGGCCACCCACUCCUCUGGGUCGCUGGUGCUCACGUCCUCCACUAUCAGCCAUGAGGCGUCACUGUGGGGCCUCGACACCAUGUUGUUGUUGUUGUUGUUAUUGUUGUCGUUGUCUAUCUAUCUAUCUAUCUAUCUAUAUUUUACUUUAAGAAACAAAAAUGAUCAUUCCAUACAAAAAGUGGUGAACUCACUUGACUCGUGUGUGUGUGUGUGUGUGUGUCCCAGGUUGAUUCUGCAGGACUGUACACACGCCGACUUCAGCAAUGCACACGACAAGAUCAUCGGCAACAGCACUCAGACAGCUAGGCUUUAUGACCUCAGCACCAAGCAGAUCAUUAGUGAGUUUACGCCCAAGCUUUCCAAUCACUACCGCAUCAACAAGGCUGUUCUCGACCCCACUGACAGCCUCCUCCUCACCGAUGGGGCGCUCUUUGAUGUCAGGAGUGGCGAGCAGCUACACAAGUUCGACAAGAUUAGUCCCCUUCUGAGUGGCGUCUUUCACCGGAAUGGCCUUGAAAUCAUCAGCUCCUCGGAAAUCUGGGACCUGCGCACCUUCCACCUCCUGCGUACUGUGCCAGCACUGAACGAGUGUGACGUGCUGUUCAACCGUGCCGGCGACGUGCUGUUUGGUGUGCCCCUCCUGGACCUGCUGGCUUACAUGUAUGAGGAUAAUGUGUCCUCAGCACGGCCUUGGGAAACCACCUCAUUUAGGACACUGGAUGCCACGGAUUACUCCAGUAUAGCCACAGUAAACGUGAAGCUGAUCUUGGCAUCGAUGUCCGUGAACCACAGCGACACACAGCUGGCGGUGGUGGAGUGCGACAGUGACACAGAGAUCCAGGGUGGUGACAUCAUUGACUCCCAAGUGAGGGUGUAUGAAGUGGGGAUGGCCCGGCAGCACGAUGAUGAUGAUGAUGUGCUGGACGAGGACGACGAUGACCUGGGUGAUGAGGAGGACGACUCGGACAGCGACGACCAGAACUCUCAGGAUGAUUUGGACGUGGACGAGAAUGAGCUCAACUCCUCCGAGGACAUCCCAUUCAGCUCAAGCUCCUUUGACGAUGACAGCAACAAUUCAGAAGCCGUUUAUUUCCAACUCAGCGCCGACGCUCUGGACAACAACCAGGCUGAGAGUCCACGGGCGGAGGAGGAGGAGGAGGAGGAAGAGGAGGUGGAUGUGGAGGGUGAUGAGGAUGCGGAGGAUGACGGAGAAGAGGGCCAGGAAGAGGAGGACGAGGAAGAGGAGGAUGAGGUAGCUGAGGAGGAGGAAGAGGAGGGAGGUGAUGGUGAUGGUGACGGUGGUGAUGGUGAUGAAGAAGAGGAAAGUGGAAAUGCCUCACCCACAACUGAUGUUUGAUGAAACUUUGAAUAAUAACAAAUGAAGUUUAAGAAGGAAGGAAUAAGGAAAGAAGAGAAGAAAAAGAAGAAAGGAGAGGAAAAGAGAUGGAAGGAAAGAAGGAAGAAAAGAAGACAGAUGAAAGGAAGGAAGGAAGAAAGGAAAAAGAAUAAAAUAAAGAAAUAAAACAAAACAAAGGAAGUGUUGCCAAUUUUUGCCAAACAGACAAUUAUUAUUAUUAUUAUUAUUAUUAUUAUUAUUAUUAUUAUUAUCAUCAUUAUUUAUUAUUAUUAUUAUUAUUAUUAUUAUUUGUUUUUAUAUAUUUGUAGAUAAUUUGUCCUUUGUGUUGAAUUGUGAAGUUGUUGUAAUUAUUAUUAUUAUUAUUAUUAUUUUAUCUAUUUAGUUUAAUUUUCUUGGUAUUAUUUUCAAUUUAUUAAUGUUUUAUUUAUUUUAUUUUUCAGACAUUUAUUAUUAUUAUUAUUAUUAUUAUUAUUAUUAUUAUUAUUAUUAUUAUUAUUAUUAUUAUUAUUAUUAUUUACUUCCUUAUAAUUCUCUUUACUUUUUUAUUCUUAUUCUUUACACAUUUUAUUUUAUUAUCAUUAUUAUUAUUAUUUAUUGAUUUUAUUUUUCAGACAUUUAUUUAUCAUCAUUAUCAUUUUCUACAUACUUCAUUAGAAUUUUCUUUACUUAUUUUUAUUCUUAUUCUUAUAUACAUAUUUAUUUUUCAUUAUCAUUAUUAUUAUUAUUAUUAUUAUUAUUAUUAUUAUUAUUAUUAUUAUUAUUAUUAUUAUUUAUUUUCAUUAAUUUAUUUUUUCCCCAGGACAAUAUGAGUGACAGACGUAUGGUGGCCGUUGUAACAAUAUAAUUAUGGCACUGUGGACUGUAUUACCUAAACCUUCCUGCGUGUGUGGGUGCAUGUAUGUGUGUGUGUGUGUGUGUGUGUGUGUGUGUGUGUGUACAUGUGUUGGUGUGUAAAUAUCAUCAUUAGUAUUAUUUCAUUUAGCUUUCAUUUCAGAGUUUUAUUUCUUUUCUCUUAUUAUUAUUAUUUUUUGUUUUCUUUUUUUUCUUUUAUUUGUUUAUUUAUUUAUUUAUUUUAUUUUAUUUAUUUAUUUUUUUUUUUGAGAUGUUUGGUUAGAUUCUCCCUGUGUUUGUGUACAUGCAUGUCUGUGUGUGUAUUUGGGAUGUGCGUUUUUUGAUAUGUAAAUAAAAGUGUGUUUUGUAAUUAAAAUUUCUGUGAUGCCAAAAUGAAAGUUUGUGUUUUCCUAAAUGGGAGUGCUCUCUCUCUCUCUCUCUCUCUCUCUCUCUCUCUCUCUCUCUCUCUCUAAAUUGAUUCAUCUUUCCCCUUUUUCUUCAGUGCUAUAUAUGUCUUCAAUUCUUCCUCACUUUUUCCCCUCUCAUGUAUCUCUCUCUCUCUCUCUCUCUCUCUCUCUCUCUCUCUCUCCUCACUUUUUGGAACACACAGGGCCACAGCACACAGCACGCAUCACUCACAGCCAACCACAUGUUCCGACCAAAACCACAUUCACACAUUUUGCUCUGCUUGCUACGACCAACUUGUCACACCACUGCGUCGCUUGGCUGGGCAUGACACCUUCUGUGGCUUCACUGGUGCAUCUGUUGGAGGUGCACACCCUGCCAGCAUUGUGAGGUGAACAGGCUUGUUUACAUACACUGUACUCCACUAACACCUUUAAUUCACAGCACUCAAAGUUAUGUAUGAAAUCUUUAUAAGCACUCAGAUGGGGAUGACAAGGAUAGAUUUUACAAUUUCUGGCCUGUUUGAUGUUUGGACUGACUGUAGAGCAAGAGGAAAUGCCCCAGUGAGCUUAGUGGUUAAGGGGCAACUGUACCAAGCAGCAGUAAAUAAGCAUUUUUUUUUUUCUCUCUCCCAAUAGUUGCCAUAUAAGAACACAAGGGUUGGUGCAGGAAGCCAUCAGGCCUACACGUAGCAGUCCCUGUAUGAGACACACCUGCCUGUCUCCACCUGUCACGCCCAUCCAUACACUUGUCUAGUCUUCCAAAGCUCAUAACAACAUACAACACAAGAACACAAGGGUUGGUGCAGGAAGCCACCAGGCCUACACGUGGCAGUCCCUGUAUGAGACACACCUGUCAUCCCCAUCCAUACACUUGUCCAAUCUUCUUUCAAGGCUCCCUAAUGACUCAGCACUAACAGCCUGACUACUGAGUCCAUUGCAUUCAUCCACCACUCUAUUUGAGAACCAAUUCCUUCCUGUCUCUUGAACCUAAAUUUUUCAACCCAUUACUUCUUAUUCUAUCCUGAUUCCUGACCAAGAAUUUUGACCAUUUUGUGUUUCUGCCAGCAAUACUGGGACAGAGCCUCACCGUAGGCCAGAUGCAGUGUGUUGCUUCACCCAGACAUUCACAGGGAGGCAGUGUGGAGUGAAAAAGAGAACAUGAAUAAUCCUUUAAUCAUAUCACAAAGAGGCAUUUGUGGCUGGUAAUUCAUUGAUCUUUUAAGUAAAAAAUUAAAAAUAAUGCUUUUCCUAUUACCUUUCUAUCCCUGUACCAGGCCGGCUCAAGACAAGGCAACACACACACACACACACACAGUCAUUAACAUUCUUAGCUCUGUCAGCUCGUGGUGGGAAACGAACAGUAGUAGUAGUAGUAGUAGUAGUAGUAGUAGUAAGCAGCAGCAGCACCAGCAGCAGCAGCAGCAGCAGCAGCAGUCUAUCCAUCCCUAUAUACAGGGUGGCCCAGACAAAGCACCCCACCCAUCCACACACACACACACACACACACACACCACAGCUAGCCACACACAUUCACAGCACGGCCCCACAGCAGACACUUAUCCCUGCCCCUUAAUGAUAGGUAAACAGAUAAACAGCUUAUUCAGUCAGCUUGUUAGAAUCACAAAAACAAACAUUUCUUGUCAUUUACCACAGAUAGACAGGUAAAUAGAGAUUAACAGGUAAAUAAUCAAAUACAGUAGACUUGUUUUUUUUGGUAGGCAUACAAAGCUGUACAACUUGCUCACCCACCUUUCUAAAAUGACCAAAAUUUAUGCCUAGAUAGAUACAUAGAUUUAUUUAUCAGCCAAGGGAAGCUAAACAAACUGAAUUAAGUUUGAAGCACCAAGCUAACACACACACACACACACACACACACACACUCACACUUCAAUAUCCAAUGUCUGCCUUUC